AUUAAAAAUACAAUAAGAUGGCAAAACAUUGGUUUACCACAUUACCAAGCAACUAUUUUAUGAGACAAUCUAGAAAGGGAGGCAGACGCGAAAUCUUAUUUACAACUUUAGCAUUGGGAUUGGCUCAUUUCGGUCUUUUUGAACCUCUGAGAAAUUCAUAUUAUCAAAGAGGUGUUCUUCCAGUAUGGGAAAGAUCAGUUGUAAAUGGAUAGCCAUGGACUAUUUGAGAUAGCAAUACACGAUAAAAUUAAUAAUAAUACAAAAUAUAAAAAUAUUUAUUGA